AUGAUAGGCAGAAGAGAAUCCUGCUCUUCAGGACAGAUCCUGAUGACUGACCUAAGCUGCCUUGCCUACGUGCUGGAAGAAUGGGCUGUUGUGGAGUACUUGAAGAAAUACUUUUUUCAUCUGGUCAUCGUCUCACUGACAAUUACUGCGAUAUUAGUAAUUUUUAUAGUUCCUUUAACAAUUGUCUUUUUCAUUUACCUUUCUAACAUUUUGCUUUUAAUCUAUCAGAGGAACGGUGAGCUAAAAGCCGAUCCCUUGAGUGAUGUUUGGGAUAGUGCAAGGAAAACUAUAGCAAGCUUUUGGGAUAUAUAUGCAAGAGUAUGGCAUGGUUAUGAACUUCAUGGUGUGGAAAACCUACCAGAAGGACCAGGAAUUUUGGUGUAUUACCAUGGAGCUAUUCCUAUAGACUACCUUUACUUCUUGUCUAGGCUGUUUCUCUGGAAGAAAAGACUUUGUCUGUCAGUAGCUGAUCAUUUUGUCUUCCGUUUGCCAGGACUUAAGUUGUUAUUGGAAGUGACAGGUGUCAUGCCAGGUACAAGGGAGGAGUGCCUUGCUGCACUGAAGAAUGGAUACUUGGUGUCCAUCUCACCAGGUGGAGUUAGAGAAGCACUGUUCAGUGAUGAAAGCUAUCAGCUCAUGUGGGGAAAUCGAAAAGGCUUUGCUCAGGUUGCUUUAGAAGCAAAAGUGCCCAUCAUUCCAAUGUAUACUCAAAAUGUCCGGGAAGGAUAUAGGAUGUUUAAAGAACGAAAUUUUGCUUUCCAAACUUGUGCUUGCUUUGGAUUCUCUAACACACUUGCUGUGGGGGUUUUUAGGCAGCUGUAUGAAAGCACUCGGCUGCCCCUCAUGCCUCCAUAUGGGGGGCUCCCUGUUAAAUUUCGCACAUACAUUGGGGAACCAAUCCCAUAUGAUCCCAAUGUAACUACAGAGGAACUGGUGGAGAAGACCAAGGCUGCUGUUCAGGCUCUCAUAAGCAAGCACCAAACAAUCCCAGGGAGCAUGUGGAAGGCUUUACUGGACCGAUUUGAUAAGCGUCGUAAAAGCGAUUAG